GCCGGAGACAGAGAAGCUGCCGAGGGAGAUACGAGAAACCGGGAGGAGAAAAGAAGACGGUGUCGGCAGUAGAAAAGAUAAAUCUACCAUAAUGGCCGCUAAAUCGGAUGGGGUGCUGAAAAUUAAGAAGAGCGAUGUAGCGUUCACGCCUUUGCAAAAUUCGGAUCAUUCGGGCUCAGUGCAAGGACUCGUUCCAGGAUCCCAGCCGGAAUCAGGGACCGGAGAUACGGACUUUGUGAACGGGGAAUCGCGGUGUUGUGGUCCCAAUUCGACGUGUCUUCGACUAGGAAGGGAACAGCAAAAAUAUACGGUGUGGGACUGCCUAUGGAUUCUCGCCGCAGUGACAGUCUAUUUCGCCGAUGUGGGUACCGACAUUUGGCUCUCGGUCGACUAUUACCUGCGCCGCGACUAUUGGUGGUUCGGUUUGACGCUUUUUUUUGCGGUGCUCGGCUCGUUCUCCGUCCAGGCAUUCAGUUUCAGAUGGUUCGUUCACGAUUUCAGUACCGAGGACAGCGCCGGUGCGGCAAACUGCUCCCACAUGGACGGAAAGCUGCUCAGCGGUUCUGCCUCACAAGGCGAUGUGGGCGCCCACCCGUCCACACCUCAGAGACAAGCGUCCACAGCCAGCAAGAACACCACAACCAACAGCAACAGUAGUACGACCACCCGGACUAAUAAAAAGAGGUCGUCGUCUUGCUCCAUCUUCAUUUGGGUCGUGCAAUCCCUCAUCCACAUCUUGCAACUCGGCCAGAUAUGGAGGUAUUUCCACACCAUCUACCUGGGGAUCCGCAGUCGCCAGAGUGCAGAGAACGAGCGUUGGAGGUUCUACUGGCGGAUGGUGUACGAGUUCUCAGACGUCAGCAUGCUGCACCUGCUGGCCACCUUCCUGGAGAGCGCCCCUCAGCUGGUCCUGCAGCUGUGCAUCAUCAUCCAGACACACAAGCUGCAGGCCGUGCAAGGCAUGACGACGGCGGCCUCGCUGGUGUCCCUGGCUUGGGCCCUGGCGUCCUACCAGAAGGCUCUGAGAGACUCGCGCGACGACAAGAAGCCCAUCAGCUACUUGGCGGUGAUCAUCCAGUUCUGCUGGCACUUCUUCACCAUCGCGGCGCGCGUCAUCACCUUCGCCCUCUUCGCCUCCGUGUUCCAGCUGUACUUUGGCAUCUUCAUCGUGCUGCACUGGUGCGUCAUGACCUUCUGGAUCGUCCACUGCGAGACCGACUUCUGCAUCACCAAGUGGGAGGAGAUCGUGUUCGACAUGGUGGUGGGCAUCAUCUACAUCUUCAGCUGGUUCAACGUGAAGGAGGGCCAUACUCGCUGCCGCCUCCUCAUCUACUACCUGGUGAUCCUGGGGGAGAACGCCGCCCUGGGCGCCCUCUGGUACUUGUACCGCUCCCCGCCCGCCACCGACGCCUUCGCCGUCCCCGCCCUCUGCGUCAUCUUCAGCAGCUUCCUGACGGGCGUGGUCUUCAUGCUCAUGUACUACGCCUUCUUCCACCCCAACGGCCCCCGCUUCGGCCGCUCCCCCAGCUGCCCCGCCCUCGACGACCCCACCGCCGCCUUCGCCACCCUGCCCUCCGAGGGCGCCACCAACUCGCUGCGCUCCAACCGCGGCGGGGGCGGCGGCGGCAGCGGCGCCCACACGCUCGACCGGGACGGGAAAUACUCGGAGCGCGACGGCUGCAUGCCCGUGUUCCAGGUGCGCCCCACCGCCCCGUCCACGCCGUCGUCCCGCGCGCUGCGCCUGGAGGAAACGGUCAUCAAAAUAGACCUGUGUCGGAACAGAUACCCAGCCUGGGAGCGCCACGUGUUGGACAGGAACAUACGCAAGGCCAUCCUGGCCAUGGACUGCUCCCCGGCGCCCCCUAGGCUGCAGUACAAGGAUGACAUGCUGGUGCAGGAGAGGUUGGAGUACGAGACCACGUUAUAGCCCAAGCCCAUGCCACUGGCUCUCCAACAUGAAAGCCUGACUCCUCCUCAGCUUGGAUAUACCGUACAGCAGGACUGUGGCAAUAAGUUAACAUGAGCUCUCUCUCUCUCUACAAAUACACAAACACACAUAACAGUACACGAUAGCGUUGAGCCGUGACGUUGAUUGUCAUGGAUGAGAAUAGGCACAACUUCUUAGUUGACUGGAGGGGGCGUUUUGUUUUGUGUGUGUGUGGUUUUUAAAUCAGACUUCUCUUUUUGGGUUGACUUGGUUAUUGUUGUUGUUGUUUUUACUUCCGUAUGUCUGUCAGGGAACAUUGUAUCCGAUCAAAUGUUUUCAUAGGAAGCUUGAUGAGUCAAAAACUGUCCACUCCUAGUGUUGUCCCCCUCACUGAAAACCAGCCUGCCGGUGACCCAGCCUGAACUGUGCCACCCUGACGGAAGAGAGGGGAGACGAAACAAGUGCUCCUCACGUCACCAAAGUACUUGCCGAUAAUCCAAUUAUAAACACAGAAUUCCUAUAGCGCGUUGUGAAGCCUGCAAGCACUACAGUAGACACUCCUUUCUCUCAUAUACGAGUCGGUGGGACUCUUCAUUCAACGAGAAGAUGAUCGGGACAACUUGAUAUGUACAAGCCCGGUUGAGUAUAGCCCUGUGUAUCCAACGUGGUGGUCCCUUUGCGUUCUGAUGUCAUCAGUCGUGUUCUCCUAGUGCCAAAAGCUCCGUCGCCCAAUUCAUCUGGAUGCUGUGGAACAAUGUGGAACACUGUAGAACACAAUGGAACGUGGGUUCUAGCCAGUGACAGUUUUCCACACACACACACGCAAAGAUGAACAGAAAAUAAUGACUGUUUGACUGUUUACUUGAAUUUACAGUCAACAAGCGGUUUGUAUACGGUCAUAGCUACUUAUACCUGGAAUGUUCUGGAAUGGGGGGACUGAGGGACAUACAAACUCCUCAGCGUUAUCUCCUACUGGGAAUAAAAACAGGUGUCACAGGCCAAGAAAACCUUCCUGGCAGCUCAACAAUAACAGACCAGCCUCACACAGCAAGGAGAGGAGAGAAAAGGAGAGGGGAGAAGUACAGGAGAGGAUGGGGGGAGAGAAGGAGAGGAUGGGGGGAGAGAGGAAAGGAGAAGAGAGGAGAGAAGGAGAGGAUGGGGGGAGAGAGGAAAUGAGAGGAGAGGAGAGAUGAGGAAACAAAAGAAGAGAAAAGGAGGAGAGAAGGAGAGGUAAGAGAUAAAAAAAGAAAGUAGUAGGAUGCUAGAGGAGGAACAGAGGGGACAAACAACCUCAGCCAAACCAACUACUCUCACAAGCACCAGGUUGUACAGCAAAGCCCUGUGUACAGGACACUCACAUUAAAGAUGCAGCAUUCUUUUUAAACAUCGUAAAAAAAUAUUGAAAUCAUCAAUGUGUGUGUGCCUGUGUUUGUGCUUGAGUAUGUACAUUUGUGUGCGUGUGUGUGUGUGCGCGUGUGUGUGAGACAGAAAUAAAGUGAGCUAGGUACAGGAUGGGAUUUGUACUGUAGAUGUGUAUAGAGGAGGUUGUUUUGUCUGCAGCUCUAGGAUAGUGUCGAGUGGUAGAGAUGUGUACUUGCAGUACAGGAACAUUGUUUAAACUGCUGCUGUGGCCCACUGAUCACACAACUCUAGUUACACCACACAGAAGAGUAUGUACUGCACAAACUGCUGGCACUACUGGCUCGGUCAACACUAAACAAUUUAUUAGUCAGUGUUGUCAAGAGAUUCCUGUAAACUGGUGACAAACUGACACCUCACCUAGCAAUCCAACUGUGGACGUCUAAAAAAGAAACGUUGUAACUUCAAAUCUUGAAAAGAAAGACUGUCUUUACAAAAGGAGAGUGUGUAUCUGUUUUACAUUUAGGCCUUUUUUUUUAGGUCACAAAUGCUUUUCUUCAGGACUUUGUUUGAAAUGUCGAGAGCAGAUGACGAGAAAACAGAGACAAGCACAACAUUGUCUGUAGAAUAACUUGCAAAGCACCGCGGGAAUCUUGUGAUAAACGAAAUUUGACGAAAAGACGUCAAAGAAUUAAAAAAAAGAGUCCAGUUAGAUGUGCCUGUUAUCUUGAGCUAGGUUACAAUAUUUCAAUUGUUUUGAUUUUUUUCAAUUUGUAUUAUUAUUUUGUUUUCUACAAUGAUCUUUAAGUGUCUUUCUAUUUACAUGUAUUCUAACAGCUGGUUUGGAGAACGGGUAGGUUGUGGUUAGAUGGGUAGACGUCGUUUGUUUUGCUGCCCUACAUCAUUUGCCUUGUUGCCGCACUAUCACGCAACCGUCUUUGAACUUGCCUGUCUGUUACCUUUCGUCUUUUACUCAACACCUUUAAAUAUUAAGUGUGAGCGUCGACGCUCCCUCAGUUUCCAGUGACGUAAACCGUUUUUUUUUUACCAUCACCAUGUCCUGUUGCGUGCAUGUCAGAGCACUUUUAGAAUGUCUUCUACCACGACUUAAACGCCCUUGCACACUGAGUGCAACAUUUUCGUAUGCGGUUUUUUCGCAGCCUCUAAAUUCGGUGGCUAUGAAUUGUCAAAAAAAAACUCUAAAUUGCUGCCUUUAGAUGCAAAAAACACAGAAAAUCGAACCCGAUCCAAACUUUUUUUGACGGAUGAAAGUUUUGGAGGCAGUGUGUAAGCGCGAUUGACAUAGCCUAACGUGGGGUCGUAUUUUUUUUGUGUGUGCAAAGGCCUUCAGUAUGCAAAGGCCUUAGGCUACCACGAUUUCUCUGUUUUCGUUUUUUUUAAGAUCUAGUUGUAUUACUUUGCACUGAAGAUUGGAAGGACAUUCGGUCGUUAAACCAGAGAAACCAAAAUAUCAGCAUGGAAGAAAAAGGAAGCACAUACUUAAAAAGAUGGCACAAUUGGAUGGUCCAAGACCAGGAUUCUGUGAAAGAUUAGAAAGUUUAACAAAGUGUUAUCUAAUCACUGCUUAAAGUUGCUUGUGAGAGAUGCAUUAAACCAUAGAUAGCUACUUCUAACAUAAUAGCACACGACUUCAGACCUUUAUCUACGCUUUAUUUCAGAGCACAUUGUGUCAGUGGUGUGAUCCACAAUUUAGCGAAGCCCUCUCAGAAAAACAAAUCUUUAGUCUCAUUAUGUUCUUUGAUGAUCAGCUUACUUAAAUGGGUUUACAGCCGCCAUCGGCCCUCUGAACCAUAACGGCUAGCCUGGCCGCCGUCCAACGCCUUAUAAAUGAAACAUUAGCGAUAAUUCUCUCAAUGUCACCCUCACACUCCACGGUAUUGUUGUCUCAAUAUGCUCUGUGUUAACACGAGGCCACGGUCAUUGUUUUUUUUUCUUUAUCUUGUGUUAGCCUGCCUUGCAACUGAUUAUUUUCAUUUGGUGCAAAGCUUUCCAUCUACUGUUUAUUCAGUCUGACUACAAAUCUAGAAACCUAAUUCCCGUUGUCACUGAAAAGACUGUCAGAUUCACUGUCUGACACCCAUGAAAUGUCCAAAUUGUUGAUAUGUCUAUCUUUGAAGAAUAGCGGUUGAAAUAGAAUAGGUGUCGAUCCUUGCACUGCUGUUAUUGUUUGUAGGGGGGGGGGGUCAUCAAAGUCAUCAGAGGACUUAACAGAUAGACACGGUCACAACCAGGAGAGAAACUCUUUUCAAACACGUGUAUACUCAUCCAGGGUUCCCAUCAACCCUCUCUUCUCUCACAUAUAUUGUACAUAUACCUACCUCAACUCGGUAUCUGGUCAGAACACCCUUCACCCACAGCGCAGUAGGCUACUGUCCAUGACCAGGAAACUAGCUAAAAUAUCUCUUUACGGUAAUGACAUUGAAACGUCUGUGAGAAGCUGAGAAACUCUCAGAGUUCGAUUGGUGGAGGGUGUACUGGUCAACACAGGAAGUGCAUAACUAAGCAGGCUUAAAAGACAGGAAAAUGUACUUCUCAACAAACCCACAUCAUGGUUCUGACGAUUUAAGCUGCUUAUGUAUCUGUUUUGUUUGCCUUAAGAUAUGAUCAUUCAGUGCUUUUGUCUUUUCUUUCAGUCUCAUGAGGGCAUGGUUGUAGUGCAUUGUGCCCCCUGAAGGUGUGGUCUGUGUGGUUUGGAAGGGUUAGGGUUCGCUUGUUCAUCCGUUAAUGGGACCAUGCUCUUCUGUGGUUACUGUGCUUGUACUAGGAGUAGCUCAUUCACUGCUACAUCCAACCACCCCUUCUCUCUCCUUCCCAAUUUAUUUUACCAUCUCGGUCUCUUGGUCCCCUCUUUAUCGCUCUCCCCCUCUCUCUUUAUCCCUCCCCUUCCCCUCUCUGUCUCUUU